CCGUGCUCCGAGAGGAAUAGAAAGGGCGGACAGGAAGAGGCCGGGUCCCCUCGCUCCGCCGGGGAAACGACGGAUUUUUCUCGCAAAAACCACUGACGAUGAGCUAGCGACACGAUGCGGAGGAUGAAGCAGCGCGUGCUGCUCGCCUGGCCAUGGUUGUGGCUGUGGCUGUUCGCGGCCACAGCGGGUUCCCCGUCUUCCGACACGUUCGUAUCGACCACGUUCUCCUCUUCGGCCGGCGUCAGCAUCAGCGGCGGUGGCAGCAGCGGCGGCUCGGUGACCAAGCCGUUCAGCCCGGCCGUUCCGACGUCGACCUCCUCUUCGAUCACCGAAGACCCAUCGUUCCCGCCGAGCCGAGACUUCCGUUUCACCCAGCCGCUGUACAAUGUCUCCAUCCCCGAGAACUCGAUCGGGAAGACGUACGUGGUCCCCGAGGAGAGGAUGGGCAUCAAGCUCGCGUCGCCGGACGCCAACCUCGACGUGAGGUUCCGCAUAAUGACCGGCGACAGGGACAAGUUCUUCAAAGCGGAGGAGCGCACCGUCGGUGAUUUCUGUUUCCUCUUGAUUCGGACUCGAACCGGGAACGUGGACGUGUUGAACCGCGAGAGGAAGGAUCGUUACGUGCUCGAAGUGCGCGCGACCGCGACCAAGGGGGACGGCAGGAGCAGGGCGAGCGUCCUCGAGGCGGACACGACCGUCGUCGUGACCGUCCUGGACACGAACGAUCUGAACCCCCUGUUCUAUCCCACCGAGUACGAGGCGACCAUAACCGAGGACACGCCCCUGCACCGCACCAUACUCAGGGUAAUAGCCGAGGACGCAGAUCUCGGGAGGAACGGCGAGAUUUAUUACAGCUUCGCCGAGGAGACCGAUCAGUUCGCCGUUCACCCGGUCAGUGGGGUAAUCACGCUCACCAGGCCGCUCAGGUACUCCGAGAAAGCGAUCCACGAGCUAGUGGUCCUAGCUAAGGACCGUGGAGCGCAGUUCCGCGGCGGAGGUAGCAGCAGGCCGAGCACAGCGAAAGUGACGAUCAGAGUGCGUCAGGUGAACCUGCACACGCCCGAAAUCUACGUGCACCAUCUGCCGGACAUCGUGGAACAUUCGAACGCUGAUAUCUACGCGAUCGUGCGAGUGGUAGACCAGGACGAAGGUGUUCACGGUAAGAUCGCCAGCUUGGACAUCGUGGGCGGUGACCCGGCCGGUCACUUCAGAGUGCGACCGGCCGGCAGACAGCACUCGGGCGAGUAUAACAUCGAAGUGUUGCACCUCCUGGACCGAGAAACCGCGGUGCAAGGGUACAACCUGACGCUGCGCGCGAUGGACAGAGGCGUGCCGCAAAAGUUCAGCUACAAGUUCGUGCCGGUGCACCUGGCGGACUUGAACGACAACGCGCCGGUGUUCAGCCGGGAGAUCUACGAGGUGAAGGUUCCAGAGACGGCUCCCGUGAACACGCCGGUGAUGAGGCUGAAGGUGACCGACGCGGACGAGGGCAGGAACGCUCUGGUAUUCCUCGAGAUCGUGGGCGGCAACGAGGGCGGCGAGUUCUACGUGAACGCGGAGACAGGGAUGCUGUACACCGCGGUAGCCCUGGACGCCGAGAAGAAGGCGUUCUACACGCUGACGGUGUCCGCGGUGGACCAGGGGAACGCCGGGACGAGGAAGCAGUCGUCGGCCAAGGUGAAGAUCAACGUGGUCGACACGAACGACAACGACCCGACGUUCGAGCAGUCCGAGAUGGAGGUUUGGAUCGACGAGAACGAGCCGGCCGGCACCUCGGUGGUCAAGAUCACCGCGAAGGAUCGUGACUCCGGCGAGAACGCUUACAUCUCGUACAGCAUCGACAAUAUUCAGAAGGUGCCGUUCGAGAUCGACCAUUUCUCCGGCGUCGUGAGGACCAAACAGGUGCUCGACUACGAGACCAUGAAGAGGGAGUACCUGCUGCACGUGCGGGUCAGCGACUGGGGGCUGCCCUACCGGCGACAGGCCGAGAUGCAGCUUCACGUGAAAGUGCGGGACGUGAACGACAACCGGCCGCAGUUCGAGAGAAUCGAUUGCACCGGCCACGUGCCGCGGUACGUGGCCAUCGGCUCGGAAGUGAUCACCGUGUCGGCGAUCGACUUCGACGUGGGCAACAUCAUCAGCUACCGCAUCGUCUCCGGUAACGAGGACGGCUGCUUCGCCCUGGACUCGGCGAGCGGCAUCUUAUCCGUCGCCUGCGAUCUCUCCGACGUGAAGUCCGCGGAGAGGACGGUGAACGUCACCGCCACCGACGGCACACACUUCGCCGACGUGAACCCCGUGCACAUGCACCUGGUGAACGCGAAGAGGAACCUCGGCUCGCAGGGGAGGAUCCUGUCGGACCAGGGCGGCGCGUUCGAGUGCCGCGACACGGGGGUCGCCAGGAGGUUAACCGAGGCGAUCGCCGCCGCGGAGAGGAACAAUAUGCCCUCCAAAGACGACGAGUACACCUUGACGCCCAGCAGAUACGGCGAGAACAUGCACACGCCGGAGUUCAUCGACUUCCCCAGCGAAAUUAAGGCGAACGAGUCCGUGAAGGUCGGCACCACGCUGGUCAGAAUACGUGCGAGGGACAGGGAUCUGGACUACAACGGGAAGCUGGUGUUUUGUAUAUCCAGCGGCGACCGGGACUCCGUGUUCGGCGUUGAUCCCGACACCGGCGAUCUGAACGUGAUGGGCUACCUGGACAGGGAACGCGAGAGCGAGUAUUUCCUGAACAUCAGCGUCUACGACCUGGGCAAGCCGCAGAAGUCCAGCUCCAGGAUGCUACCGGUGACGAUCUUAGAUGUGAACGAUAACGCGCCGAAGUUCGAGAAGUCUCUAGCCAGCUUCAGGAUCUCGGAGACCGCGCUGAACGGGACCAACGUCUGGCGCGCGAACGCCACCGACGCGGAUCUCGGCGAGAACGCGCGUGUCACUUACUCUUUAGUGACCGAGACCAACGACUUCCGAGUGGACCCCGUGACCGGCGUGCUCAGCGUAUUCGGCAGGCUGGACAGGGAGCGGCAGGAGCUGUACGAGCUGAGGAUACGGGCGCAAGAUAACGGCGGCAAGGGCACCGACAUGCCGCCAUUGUACUCGGACGCUUUGGUCAGGGUGACGGUGGACGAUGUCAACGACAACGCGCCCACGUUCGCGUUGUCCAGCUACACGGUGAAGAUCCGCGAGGACGUGCCGAUCUGGACGGUCGUGGCGGUCGUGGACGCGACCGACCCCGACGAAGCCGCCGGAGGGGACAUCGAGUACUUCCUGUCCGACGCCAUGGAGAGCGAGGGAUAUUUCAAAGUCGAUAAAGUGUCCGGCACGAUCAGGACCACCCAGAGUUUGGACUUCGAGGAGCGCCAGGUGCACACUCUGACGAUAGUGGCGAAGGACCGCGGCGAGCCGUCCCUGUCCACCGAAACUAUGGUCAUUAUCGAGAUCGUGGACGUGAACGAGAACAUGCAUCCCCCAGUUUUCGAUGAUUUCGUCGUCUCCGCGAGUGUGUUCGAGAACCAACCCGUCGGCACGCUGGUGACGACCGUUCGUGCGAAGGACGCGGACCCUCUGGGCGGAGACUCCAGGAUUGGAUACACCAUCAGGAGCGGCGACGGGAUCGGGAUCUUCAACAUCGAUAACGAAGGCAACAUCAGGACCAAAGCGGUGCUCGACGUCGAGACCAAGAGGGGCUACUGGCUGACCGUGUUCGCGCAGGACCACGGCGUGGUGCCGUUGAGCUCCAGUUUACAGGUGUACGUGGAGGUGCUGGACGAGAACGACAACACCCCGCUGACCGAGGCGGCGGUCUACUAUCCGUCCGUGCCGGAGAACUCGCCGGCAGGUGUGAACGUCCUGCAGAUACGGGCGUUCGAUCGCGACGUCUCGCCCCAACAAUUCACAUUUUCCAUCACCAGCGGCAAUCCGGAGGGUUAUUUUCUCAUCAACUCCACCACCGGUUUGAUCACGACCAGCGGCAGAAAACUCGAUCGGGAGAAUCAAGCGGAGCACGUUCUGGAGGUGACAGUGAGAGACGACGGCAGACCAUCCCUGGCAUCGACGACUCGCGUGGUGAUCUCGGUGGCCGACAUAAACGACCACGGACCGGAAUUCGAACAAAAGUUCUACACCGUUCAGAUCCCAGCCUCUCCGUCGACCGACAAACCCUUGUUCCAGAAAUCGAGGAACCGUUCGCGGGAGUUCGACCUUUCGAUCGAUACGUUACUAGAGAAUGGAACUUGGGAGACAUUUAGCCCCGACACCUUGUCAGGAGAUCGUAUCUUCAGGGUUCUCGCGAACGACAAAGACGUCGGCGAUAAUGGAAAAAUCCAGUACAGCAUCAAGGGCGGCAGAAGCAAGGGCAAGUUCAGGAUCCAUCCUACCACUGGGAUGGUGUAUUCGCAACGGGGCUUUGAAGCCGGACAGGAAUACGAAAUGAUGAUAAGGGCGUCCGACAGCGGUGAACCGCAGCGCAGUCAUCAAACACGGGUAUCCGUGCAAGUUGUGGAGGUACCGAAGGAAUCCGAGAACCCGCCGGUCUUCAGGACGAACAAUCAAAGCGUCGAGGUCACGGAGAGCGACGAGGUCGGUUUCCUAGUCGCGCUGGUACAAGCCACGGACAAGGAUGGCGACUCCCUGUGGUACGAUAUCCUCGACGGGGACAAGCGGGACGAAUUCUUCAUCGGCCGGGACAACGGGAACGUGCUGCUGGCGAAAAAGCUCGACUGGGAGACGCAGAACUUCUACAAUCUCACGAUCAGCGUGACGGAUAGCGUGCACACGGCUGUGACGCAGCUGCUGGUCACGGUGAUCGAUAUCAACGAUCACAGGCCGGAGUUCACGGAGAACACCUAUCACGUGGACAUCUCGGAGAACGUGGAAAAAGGCGAGAAGAUCCUGCAAUUGCACGCAACCGACGAGGACGAGGACAAGAAGGUCUUUUACAGUCUCCACGCGGCCCAGAAUCAGGCCUCGCUGGAGAUCUUUCACGUGGACUCGGUGACUGGUGCCGUGACCUUGAACGAGGUCCUGGAUCGAGAGACCAUAGAGGAGCACGUGCUGACUGUAAUGGUAAAGGACCAAGGAACGCCGGCUAAACGGAACUACGCCAGAGUGAUAGUCACUGUUCACGAUCACAACGACCAUGCUCCCGAAUUCAUCAGCGAGAUCAUCCAAGGGAAAGUAUUCGAGACGUCCCCGAUCGGUGCCGCUGUGGUCCAAGUCUACGCGAUAGAUAGAGACAGAGGUGACAACGCUAAGAUCACGUACACCAUCACUUCUGGCAACGUGGGCAACAUGUUCUCCAUAGACCCAGAACUGGGCACUAUCCGGGUAGCCCGUGAGCUCGAUCUCAGUGUCUCCUCGGAGUAUAUAUUACUGGUAAAGGCUACAGAUCACGGUUCCCCGGCCUUAGCCAACACGGUGCCUGUACACGUGAUGGUUACCAUGGCAGACAACGCUCCCCCUAGGUUCAUCCAGAAGGAACUCUCCGCGGAGAUUUACGAGAACCAGCAGCUGGGCACCUACGUGAAGCACGUGGAAGCUAGAAGCACGUCUUCGUUGCAGUUUGAAAUCGUCGACGGGAACAGUGACGAUACGUUCUUCGUGAACCCUAGCACGGGCAUCAUAGUGAUCAAGAAUGAACUGGACUACGAGACGACCAAGUUUUAUAACCUGACUGUGUCUGCCACCAACAUGGCCGACGCAAAGGCGACCUGCAACGUGAUCGUCCAUGUUCUCGACAGGAACGACAACGCGCCCAGGUUUUUGCAAGCUACUUACAGCGGCGAGAUCAGCGAGGGAGCUAGCAUAGGGUCUUUAGUACUGACUAAUACCAGUACACCUCUGGUGAUCAAAGCCGAAGACGCGGAUUCGGAAUUAAAUGCUCUUCUGAAUUACGAUAUCGUCGAAGAUCUGCCGCGAAAGUACUUCCACAUCGACUCCAGUACCGGCGCAAUUAGAACUGUAAUGGUAUUGGACCACGAAAGCAUACCGAAAUUCUCGUUCCACGUGAAAGUGUCCGAUCUUGGGAAACCGAAGCUAUUAUCCGAGACCACUGCCAAGGUGAUGAUAGUCGUAACCGAUGUUAACGACUGCCCACCUAAAUUCCUCGAGAACGACUACAACACCACCCUCCUGCUGCCUACGUACAAAAAUGUAGCAGUUGUCAAAGUUGCCGCCGUGGAUCCCGACAGCUCCGAGGGUAUUCCGCUGAGGUAUGAUAUUAUCGACGGGAACAAGGGACACACUUUCGACAUAGACGGCCAGACCGGCGUCAUCACGGUUUAUAACCCGGAACGCAUGAAGAAAAGUUACCUCCUGCGGGUCCGUGUCUCCGACGGGAAGUACUCGAGCGUCGCCCAGGUGAACGUGAUGGUCGAGAAGUCAGAGAAUUCCGGGCUGGUGUUCCAGAAGGACGUCUACGAGGGAACGAUCCCGGAGAACUCGACGAGGAUCACGACCGUCGCGGUCGUGAACGUUCUCGGUAGCGCGCUGAACGAGCACAUUGUCUUCAGUAUACUGAACCCGACGGACAUGUUUGUAAUUGGAUCGACGUCCGGCGCGAUCCGCACUACCGGGAUUAGAUUCGACCGUGAAGUUUGCGACCAUUACGAGCUGAUCGUGGAGGCGAAGAGCCAGAUGCCGGACAGGGAGAAGCCGAGGGUGGCGCACGUGAUCGUCAACGUCACCAUACAGGACAUCAACGACAAUUGCCCGAUGUUCGUCAAUCUACCAUACUACGCGGUCGUCUCCGUCAAUGCUCAGAAGGGCGACGUUAUUACCAAGGUGCACGCGAUAGACAUGGACAGCGGCGACAACGGCGAGGUCCGGUACGAAUUGAAGAAGGGUCACGGGGAAUUGUUCAAAGUCAGCCGGAAAACUGGCGAGAUCUCGCUGAAGCAGAACCUGGAGGGCCAUAACCGGGAGUAUCAGUUGACGAUCGCCGCGUACGACGGCGGCAUUACACCUUGCUCGAUCGAGGUGCCGGUGAACGUGAAGGUGAUAGAUCGCUCGAUGCCGGUGUUCGACAAGCAAUUUUACACAGACAGCGUGCUGGAAAGUAUCGAGGUGCACUCGCCGCUCGCUCUGUCCAUACAAGCUGAGUCACCCCUGAAUCGGAAACUCAUAUACAGCAUCACGAAGGGGAACGAUUUCGAGGAGUUCGCCCUCGACUUCAACACAGGUGUAAUCUAUGUGGUGGAUGAGCUGGAUUAUGAACAGAAGAAGCAAUACGAGCUGACGGUGCGCGCGACCGACAGCGUGUCCGGCGUUUACGCCGAGGUGCUGGUCAGCAUCCUCGUGCUGGACGUGAACGACUGCCCGCCGGAGUUCACGCAGGACUCGUACAACGUUUCGGUGUCAGAGGCGGCGUCGUUCGGCACCUCUGUACUGAAAGUUAGCGCCAAAGACAACGACACUGGUAUAAACCAGCAGGUGCGCUACGCGAUCCAAAACGACACGGAGGGCAGCACGGAUCUGUUCCACAUCGACCCGGAGGAGGGUGUGAUAUUCUUGAAGAGAUCGUUGGACCACGAGGCGCACGAGUCCCACCACUUCACGGUGAUCGCGAUCGACCGGGGCGUGCCCAGCCUCGCGAGCACCGCACACGUCUGGGUGACUGUCAUCGACAUGAACGACAACCCGCCCAAGUUCGAGCAACCGUCGUACACGUGUUCCCUGUCCGAGCACGCGGAACGGGGUCAGUUCGUGACGGUAGUGUCCGCCAGCGAUCCAGAUUACGUCGACGAGAAGCUUACGUACACGAUCGUGGGCGGGAACGAGCAGCAAACGUACAACAUCGAUCAGUCGACCGGCAUCAUCUCCCUGAUCAAUAUGCAGAACUUCGGCGAGAAGAAGCUCAGCAUGCUGAACGUGUCCGUCACCGACAACGUGUACACGAGCUUCACGCGAGUCAAGAUCGAAAUACUGCCAGCCAACAGGCACAAUCCCAAGUUCCCCAAUCCAGUGGUCGAGGUCACGGUUCUGGAGAAUCAGCUGCCCGGCAGGCUGGUGACCAGCGUGAUCGCGACCGACGAGGAUUUCGGCGACUACGGUACCGUCAUAUACACCAUACCCUCCGACAUGAUGAAAGAGAUCUUCGACAUAAACAGGGUGACCGGCGAGAUCGUCACCAGGAAGAAGCUGGACAGGGAGCAACAGAAACUGUACGAGAUACCCGUGAUGGCUACCGACGGCGGCGGUAGAUCGGGAUUCGUGAUGGUCAAGGUUAAAGUUGGGGACGAGAACGACAACUCGCCUAUCUUCCUGAUCAGGGAGUACAAAGCUAGCAUACACGGGAACUUGAGCUUGAACACCCCGUUCCUGAAGGUUAAAGCUCAGGAUGCUGACGAAGACGACGCCGCUAGGAUCGUGUACUCCAUAUACGAGCCGCAGACUUCGGAGACGAAGACUUUGUUUGGAAUCAAUCCUGACACCGGCGCGCUGUUCUUGCAGAAGAGCGCUGUACCUUGGGAAAAUCAAUUGUUCGAGUUGUUCAUCCGCGCGGAGGACAAGGGAACCACCAUUCAUCACGCGGACGUUCCACUCAGCGUCUACAUCAUGGGUCCUCAGGACAUCCCGCCGCUGUUCGAGCGAAAAGAGGAUAAAUUCUUCAUAUCCGAGGCGUCGCCGGUCGGCACGCCGAUAACGAGGCUCAGAACCGUGACCAACACCACGGUGACUUACAGGAUAGUCUCCGGAGACGAGGAUUCGCCGCUUUUUACCAUCGACUCCCACGGCAAGAUCACAUUGGCGAAACCGCUGGACCGGGAAUUGAAAGAUAAUCAUCUGAUAGGCGUCCUCGCUGAAACCGAUUCGAGCCCCCCGCUAACAGCUCUGGCAGAGAUAUCACUGCAGGUGCUGGACGAGAACGAUCACUCCCCGCAAUUCGAAAGUAACCCGUACAGCAUCAGUCUGGCGGAGAAUAUAGAGGAAGGAACGUCGAUUCUGAAGAUCAUCGCGCACGAUGUUGACUUGGGGAGCAACGGAGAGGUUCGUUACUCGUUCGGCUCCGACAUAGGCGAACUAGCGAAUGUGUUCACGGUGGACGCGUACACUGGCUGGAUAUCGACACUGGUGCAGCUGGAUAAAGAGAAACAACCGGAGUACAAGUACCAGGUGGUAGCCACAGACAACGGAACUCCGAAGCAUUUCGCCAGAGCUUCCGUCCACGUGAAGCUGAAGGACUACAAUGACAACGCUCCGGCGUUCGUCGACGAUCGUUACGAAGCCACCGUGAACGAAGACGCCCUUCCGGGCACCGUGGUAGUUAAACUAGUCACGGUCGACAAGGAUUCGGACAUGAACACGCCGAUCGAAUUCUAUAUAACUUCCGGGGACUCGAGAUCGCAGUUCCAGAUUAGGUCCACCGGCGAGGUGUACGUGGCAAAAGCGUUGGACCGGGAGACUAUCGAUCGCUACGAGCUCGUAAUCGUCGGCACCGACGGCAAAUACGUCUUCAAAACGAGGGUUACCGUGCAGGUGCUCGAUGUGAACGACAAUCCGCCGUACUGCCUAAGAUAUCGUUACAGAGACAUCCUCUCCGAGGGCUCGCAUCCUGGCACCUAUGUUCUGACCGUGUUAGCUACCGAUUACGACGACGAGCCGAACGCCAAGCUGCGUUUCUAUUUGACCGGUGACAACAACGACAAAUUCUCGCUGGAUAAGGAGACAGGCGUGCUGAAGACCAUUGGCCAGCUCGAUCGCGAGUCCCAAGCGAGGUACUCGCUGACCGCCCAUGUCCAAGACAGAGACAAGCCGUCUUGGGAAUGCUCCUCUCAGCUAGAGAUCCUGAUCUCCGACCUGAAUGAUAACGCGCCGAAAUUCACCAUGCGCGCGUACAGCGCCACGCUGCCGGAAGACGUCGAGGUGGGCACUUUGGUAACCAAGGUGCACGCCACGGACGAUGACAUCGGCAUUAAUCGAAAGAUCAGAUACGAGUUCAUUGACUCCGCUGAUGGCCACUUCCUCAUCGCGCCCGACAGCGGCAUUGUCACUCUCGGCAAACCGUUAGACAGAGAAACGAAGGCGAUGUACAACGUGACCAUCCAAGCAUUAGAUCAAGGCACGCCACAGCUGAUCAACGUGACCACGCUGAUCGUCAACGUGCAGGAUAUCAAUGACAACCCGCCUGAAUUCGCCUCGAAGGUAUACUUCUCGAAAGUGCCUGAGAUAUACGCCGUUGGCACGGAAGUUGCGAGGGUCCUCGCUACAUCGAAGGACACCGGCGUCAACGCUGACGUUUACUACUCGAUCAUCGGCGGAAACGAGCACAAGAAGUUCCAAAUCGAUGCUAGAACAGGCGUGAUCACCAUCGUCGAGCAGCUGGAUUACGAGCGCGCCAAGGAUUACUUUUUGACCAUUCAAGCGGUGGACGGCGGGAUACCGCCUUUGAGUAACCACGCGACGGUGAACAUCACUGUGAUCGAUAGUAACGAUAAUGCGCCCAUAUUCAGCGAGGUCUCGUACAGGGCUACCGUGAGAGAGGACGCUAAGAUUGGUGAAAGAGUUACGCAGGUACUCGCAAAUGACUUGGACAGCGAAGAGAACGGAAACGUUUCGUACUUCAUAGAACGAGGCGACAGGCAGAAGCAAUUCUCGAUCGAUCAGAAGACAGGGCAAAUUAUUGUCGCCGCGCCAUUGGAUCGCGAGGAAGUCGCGAGCUACGUGUUGGAAGUCCAUGCUCGCGACAGCGGGCUACCGAUGCUCUCCAGCUUCGUGAUGGUGAACAUCGAAGUUUUGGACGCCAACGAUAACCCGCCGAUGUUCUCCCUCUCGAAUUACACAGCGGUGGUGCAAGAGGACAAAGCUUUGGGACACACUGUCCUGCAUUUCGUUGUUACCGAUGCCGACAUCGAGCCAAACGCCGAUCCGUACACCUUUGACUUCCGAUCCGGAAACGAGGGCGACGCUUUCCGCUUGGAGCAAGACGGCACGCUGCGCACGGCCACUAAAUUCAACAGUCGGGUGAAAGAUAAAUACGUGUUACACAUACGCGUCUUCGACAACGGUAGUCCGCCCCUCUACUCCGACGCGUGGGUGGUGAUCAAAGUGAUCGAGGAGUCUCAAUAUCCACCUGUGAUCACGCCACUUGAGAUAGUCAUCAAUUCCUACAUGGACGAGUAUCCGGGCGGUAUAAUCGGAAAAGUCCACGCGACCGAUCAGGACCAAUACGACUCGCUACUGUACAGUUUAGUGCCAGCAUCGCCUAUACCGAUGGACCUCUUCAAAAUCGACAAAAUCGACGGCACCCUGGUAGCGCUUCCUCGAUUAGACGUCGGAGAAUACAGGAUGAACGUCAGCGUAACCGACGGCAAGUUCCAUUCCUUCUCCGUGGUGAAAGUUAACGUGGACCUAGUGACAGAGAAGAUGCUAGAGAACUCUGUGAUCAUUCGAUUCAGAGAAGUCAGUCCCGAAGACUUCAUCCUAAGCCACCGGAAGGGUUUCCUCAGAACCGUGCGUCACGUUAUGUCCUGCAGACCAAAGGACAUCGUCAUCAUUAGCGUUCAAGCAUCCUCCGACGAAGCGAACCUGAUUAAAUCGAGAGCGAUUCGCCAGGCAGUGCACAACGAUCUGGACCUUCUGUUCGCGGUGAAGAAACCCGGGACCGGCAUGGGGUCUCCAGGAUUCUUCCCUUCGGAGAACAUUCGCGAGUCUUUGAACCAACAUAUCAAGGAACUGGAAGGGUCCACGAAGCUCGUGGUCGAGGAGAUCGUUAGAUUCAAGUGCAACAAGGGCUACUGCGUCUACGGAGACUGUCAGGACAAGAUCAUUCUCAACCUGACGCAGAUCACGCCCGUAGCCACCGACGUGAUGAGCUUCGUGUCUCCUAGGCACAAGCAUAAGAUGGAGUGCAACUGCAAAGAGGGUUACGCGGGUAAUCACUGCGAGAUGGUAGUCAACGAGUGUGCCAGGGAUCCUUGUCCACUGUUCAAGGUUUGCGUGCCGGACUCCUCCGUUCAAGGCUACUCUUGCCAGUGCCCGGAAGGUUUCGCCGGCCACACCUGCGACAUAGACAUCACCAAAUGCCACGACGAAUCCUGUUACAUCCCGAGGAACUCGAUAUCCUUCAGCGGAAAGAGCUAUGCUCGUUACAGGAUCGACAAAACCUUGAUUCGACAGACCAUCGAAGACCGCCUCAGCCUGUCCCUGCGGAUCAGAACGGUGCAAUUGACUGGGAACCUUAUGUACGCCGCUGGCAAGGUGGACUACAACAUUCUCGAGGUUGUCAACGGGGUGGUGCAAUACAGAUUCGAUCUGGGAAGCGGCGAGGGUCUGGUUCGGGUAAGUAGCGUGUACGUCAGCGAUGGACAGUGGCACGAGAUCCAGUUGGAGAGAGAAAGUAACAGCGCGAGGUUGACCGUGGAUGGGAAGCACGUGGCUCACGGAUCGGCUCCUGGCAACAACGACAUCUUGAACCUCCAGUCGGAUGAUUUGUACUUGGGCGCGGAAGUCAGGCAACAUCCAACGGUCCUGGGCUUCGAGGAUGUUCAACGAGGUUUCAUCGGCUGCAUGGAUGACGUCAGGAUCGCCAGAGUAUCGGUGCCUUUGCACAUGAGCGGCGCGAGCAGCGUGGCUGUCCUGAAACGGUUCGCCAAUGUGGAGUUCAGCUGCGACGCCGCCACUGUUCUACUCCCGCCAGGAAUCUGCGGCUCCCAACCUUGCCAGAACGGUGGCACCUGUAAGGAUUCCGGUGGCGACACUUACGAAUGCCAGUGCCACAGUAGGUUCAGGGGUCAGGCUUGCGAAAUUGACACCGAUCCCUGCGCGUCGUCGCCGUGCCUCUACGGAGGACGAUGCAAGGUCGUGCCAGAAGGUAGCGACUACACCUGCGAAUGCGUCGGGCCGAGUCUGAGUGGCAAACGCUGCGAGUUCGGCAGAUACUGCAGCCCCAAUCCGUGCAUACACGGCGGAGUGUGCGAGGAAGGCAACAACGGGCCGAUAUGCAAGUGCCAAGGAUUCACCGGUGAUCGUUGCGAGACGGACGUGAACGAAUGCGACGCGAACCCCUGUACGAACGGCGGCACCUGUGUCAACGAGAUUGGCACGUACAGAUGCAUCUGUCCGCCGAAUAUGACCGGUCUGAACUGCGGGAACCCGGCUUACUCGACGCCAAUCAUAUCCAGCCACUUCAACAUCACCUGGGAGCAGCUGAUGUGGAUAGGGGUCGCGGUGGUACUGAACCUCUUCUUGAUCAUCCUGUUCGUAGCGUUCAGAAAGAUCCGUAUGAAGCGCACCAGGGCUAGGGCGAACAACAUCAACAACGAGACCAGGAAGCAGAUCGUCCUGAACUCGGCCAGGCCGCACGAGCACGAAUUCAAGCGAAGUUCGAAGCUGAGCAACUUGGAAGUUAUACAGAGAGAACCUCCCCAAUGCCCUCCCCGACCCGCCUCCUAUACCCCCAGUUCGAACAACGAGCCGGCCGCCUACGGUAACUCGGCGGCCGUCGCUCUGAAUAACCUGGACACCCUGCGCAGCUACGGUAGCGCCGGCGACGAGCUAGAAAAUUUCCCGCCAGACUAUUUGAGAAACCUGAACCGAACCACCCCGGUCCCGCCUCCCUCCUUAACUCUCGCUAACCCAGUCGGCGGAAACGCUACAGGCAGCGACACGGAUAGCCUCCAUAAGCCGACGUGGCAAGAACAGAUGCAACUAGCUUCCUUCAUCACGGACACGACCAAGAUCAAGAACGACCUGAAACGAGCGAGCCCAGUGGUACCAGAGCUGACCACUGGAGGACUUCUACUAAAUUCUUCUCGACGCGUGCCUCAUGGAGGUGGGACCUCCGUGACCUCCAUGACGUCUAUCGAGGAUGAUCCUCGUAUUGUCGGUGGGUAUCACUGGGACUGUUCAGACUGGGUCAGGCCAAGUCAAAACCCCCUACCUAACAUCACGGAGGUACCCGGAAGCGAAGUUCCAGAUUCGUCCAGCUUCCACAGCAAUGAGAGUAACGAAUCAAACACUCAUCAGCUACCGUCAGUGCACGGCUCUGUAGAUCCCGGGAGGGACAUCGAGACGCUGAACGAAGACCAGGAGUCGGAGUACGUCGGCGACUCGGAAUGCGGGACCGAGUUCUCGGAGCAGUAUCACUGCACGGAGACGCAGCGACUGAAUCCGCUGGACAGCGGCGGCGAGGGUGAAUACAAGUACAAGGGUUCCGAGAGCUAUCUCCGUCACCCGAACUCGUACUUGCCCCAUUACAACAUCCACACGGACACGGAGAACGAGACGAACCCGUUGAACGGACGUCUCAGCACCCUAGAAUCUGACGAGGAGGAGGACGACGUAGUGCCUUAUGGUUUCCCGAGCACGCGACGGAACCGAUGCCACAAGGGGGACGAAGCCGACGAGAUCGGCUCGGUGAUCACCACCUUGGAAGAGAGGAACUCGUUGCUGGGCGGCGCGACCAGCAACAGCGACCUGUCCACCAAUCUCUGCGAGAUCGACGACUCCGAGUACGAGAUCGCCGAGCAGAAGAGCAAUGGCCGCCUAUGGUUGUCGGGGAACGGUAUCACGCAGACCUCGGUGUGACGAACAGCGGUGACACCGUUUCAGGGCCGACUGAACGUGAUCGUGUUCCUUCUGUGCUCAUCGAGGAAGACUUCGAGUGCGCAUCUUUGUGAAUAUUACGACAAUUUUUUUGUACAUACGUAACAUUAUCAGCGUAGAUAGGAAGGGAGAGAGAGAGAGAGAGAGAGAUGAUGCGUGAAAGAGAGAAUGUGUACAGAGGCAGCUACGAUGUAAGGAAAAUGGCGGACAUGGGUAAUGAAUUCCCGUGAUGGCCGGGGGACACGUCUGACGUAGACUAUCGUGGAAUUUUUGGGGAUGAAUCUCGAUGUUUGAGGAACAAGGAAUCUGGUUGGCUACGUUGGAACUUUUAAUGUUCUUUCCUUUGAAUGAAGGAUGAUUGUACGAUUAUUUGUUGUUAUCCUGUCGUCGAAGAUACGUGUUGCAUUACGCCGAAUGAAAUUGUUUGAAGUCGAGAAGCGUCUCUGAAAAUUUCACUGGAGCUAGAGUCGAGCCAGAUGCUAGCUCUCCUAGCGAGCCAACGAUGUACGUUCACUCCCAUGCUGGGUACAUCGUACCUCAAAUCUCCUAUGUAGGUAGAGCUUAGGUACUGACGUAAGUACUUAAUUCCUCGAAGAAAUUCCAUGGAGCGGCGAUGCAGGAAAACGGACGCAAUAUUUGGGGAGCAAAGUAUUCUUUCCGCGCGAUACUUUGCGUUCACACGCUGUUAUAUCGUGAAACGCGACGCACGUCUUUUCGGUAUAUAAGACACAACAAGGAUUCUCAUUCGAUUGCAAUUGUUCUGACGCGGGCCCCUUCGGCGUCCAGGGAAAUCCGUUUGUAACGUUGACCUUUUUCUGUUUCCUCAAUUCUACCAAAGGGGAUGAGGUUUUAGUGAAAUGGAUUUAUUAUAUUACUACGGCAACUGUUGUGCGAAACUAUUACGGACAUAAGGAGUUUUCUCUCGGAUUGAGAAUGGAAUUCGUUGCUUGUGGGAGGAUAAAUGUUAAUCACGACCGCGUCGUCAGACCAAUGAUUAUUAUUUAAUGACCUAUCGUUUAAAAACCUUCAGACACGUUUGAUCCACGACACGCUAUAUUGAUUUCAGCGCGACGAAAACGAAAUGGUGACGAGAAGGGAAGCGGGGAGAGAAACAUGGAAGAAUGGUACAUAGGUACAUUUCUGUAUUUUUACUAUUUGCUAACCGACAUUAUUUUGGUUACGUACAAGGUGAACCGCGACGGACUACUUAAAUAAUUAUAAAGGAUAAGUACACAGCGUAGUCUAGCGAGUAAAAUGAAUAAAUUGACUCUAGUGAAAGAAAUGAAGAAUAUAAAUGGAACAGUGCGCUCUACUUCUAGGGGAGCGAAUAUAUAUAUAUAUAUAUAUAUAUAUUAUAUAUAUCUGUGCGUCGUUCGCGCCCAAGCGUUUAUCCGCGGCGAAGCACGAUAGUUAAAUGGAGACAAAUGGAAACAGAUUAAUGAAAAUAUUUUUACUGUGAUGAUAAUAAUGUUUAUACGAUGAUCAAAUACUAUGACUUGUAUCAUAAUGAUUGUAAUAUUAACUAUCCGACGUUUUAUAAAAAGGGAAGAAAUUAAGCAAGAUAACGGAGGAUAGUGUUCCUCCCUCGUAUGUACGUAAGCUAAGUCAACGUUCCGUUCGUUCAACUUCCGUUUC